AUGACGAGAAUCAACCCAGUCUCAGAGGCCGACACGGUCGAAGUGAUGCCAGAGGUGCGCGCAAGCGACGAUGAACUCAUCAACGCCGGCAGGAAACUGAGAGUCAGCCUGCCUCGCCAGCCUCCGCAGCCAGCUACUAGUAUUGUCGUCUCACAUGGCGGCAAGAGCGAAGCCCUUUCUAUGCAACUGAACCGCACAAUCCGUGUGCCCGACAACAAAGACAUCAAUGCUCUGCCCCCAGGUCUUGGAGCCUUCCCUCUCUUCAAGGUGCGCGACUACACCCAAAACAUGCCCAAGGACAUGGUCAAGAAGGGCGGUAUCUUCUUCCCUAUGUACCAGCGCGAAGCGAUGUGGAUCAGCUUCUCUGCGGGCGCUCCGUUUGCCAUCAAGAUCUACGUCGGCGGUGUCAACGCCGUCUCCGGCUUCCCCAUGACGGAGAACGACAAGACAAAGGAGAAGAGGAAGAAGAUGCUCAACAGCGGCAAGCCCAUUCAGGACUACAUGGUCCUCCCCGAGCAGCAUUGGCUGGAUGGUAUUGCUUCCGAGGAUGGCAAGAUUCGCCAGUUCGUUGCUCAGCCAAAGGGCUCCGGGUUUUCUGUCGAGGCCCAGGUCACCGGCGAGGAGAACGUGGGCGGUAUCCAAAUUGAGAUCAUCCCCAUUAAAAAGAACUUCCCGACCGAGUUCGACGUCCGCUAUGAAGAUAAGGAACAGAAAGUGGUCACUCGCACAUUCAACCUGGCUAACAAGGGUCUUACGGAAGAGAGCACAUGGAAGGACGUCAAGCUACGCAUUCGGGAUGAGUUCGACAUUGCUGUAGAGGAGCAGCUUCUCAGCAACCACACAUCUAAGCCCCUGGGGCCCCGCCAAUUUGAUAUGGACUUUGACGAUGAUGUCCAGCUCGGCGACGUCUACUUCCCUGUCAAGUUCUCUACGCUCAGCGUCACCCACAUCCAGUCAGAGCCAGUACGACGCGGCAUGUUCAGAGCGAGAUGCGGUGCUCCGCAGGCGAACGUCAUGUUAGCAUGCGCCGCCCCGCCUCCCAGUGGCAUGGCCCCGAUGAACACGAUGAUGAUGGAUAGUGCAAGUGGACCCGAGUCCGCGAGUGAGGUUAACGAGAUGGGCCUCGCUGCUGGCGGUCUCAUCAAUCAGGUGAUCGAAGCUGAUCCCUAUCCAUCUGAUGUGUGGGACGUCGAGGCGUCGGUGAUGGUGAACCUUCAGAUUCUGGAUAUCGAGUCGUUCCGAAACGUCACUGGCCAGCCGGCCCCAGACACGCCCGUGGAUGCCAAGACGUAUGCCAACCACGGCUACCCGUUCUUCGAGUUGUGGGGCGAAGAGAAAAGCGGCAUUAAGGGCGAGUUUGAAGAAGUGAAAAGCGUUGCGCAGAUCAUGGAGGAUAGGGCAAAGGCCGAAGGCAAGACGCACACGGAGGAGGAAACUGUAAAAUUCAGGGUCACGCAGCUUGGGCGCCCCUUUACAAGCACGUUCCGUCCGGUGAAGGUGCUCCAGGAAGAGCUCGAGAACCUUCAUAUUUAG